UCGACUUGCGCUGCGCCCCGUCACCGGAGUCUGCAUCUCACUAUAUCGGCAUGCGUUGAAUCCUGCAUAAUCCCAGAGCCACUUUCGGCGUGGUUCGAAGUUUCAACCCAAGGACUUAUAUACUUCACCCGAUACAGCUACUCGCCUCGUUCCCUCUACAGACACCAUGGCCACCGACUACUUUUCCGACAACGAGCUCUUUGUCUCGAACCAGCCCCUGCCUUCGCCCUCCGACACCCCCUAUCAUUCCUUGUCACCGAGGACAUCACAAUAUGGCACUCCUUCCACCGACAUGCCCAGCUCGCCAGCUCCCUUCCCUCCAGAUCCUGCAGAGAACUCGGAAGACGUCUCCAUACUCGAUCCUAGACGCUUCACUCCUACGUUGCACGCUUCGCUGGUCUCGGAAAUCCUGAAUCUACGUCGCGAGUUGGAUGCCAAAUACAAGUCCAUCGAAGAGCUGGAAACGAGUCUGCAUAAAUCACGGGCCGAGAAUGAUGCCUUGACAAGCCAAUUGUCUGCCAAUGCAAAGGAGACGAGAGCAGUGAAGCGCCAGCUCCAGCAAUUCGAGAGCGGCACUCUCUCUGCCCUUGAGGCGCUUGCUGGCGAACGGGACAAGGCCAAAGAUGCGAAUGAUGAUCUGAAGGCGAAACUGGAGGCGCUCCAGAAAAAGCUGCGAUCCCAGGAAGACGACUCGACGCGUGUCCACGACAUGUGGGCGCGGGAAAAGGAGGCUUGGGCAGGUGAGAAACGGCUGCUGGAGCGACGUGUGCACGUGUCUGAGAGCCGAUUGAAGAUGCUAUUCGAAGAGCUGGCUCUGCGCGAAACCAUUCAAGAGGGAGCAGAAUCACAGAGUGAGGGUGAGGACAUGACACGCGACAGCGGCGUGGGCCACGAGAGUGAUACGGCCAGCAUCCGCUCAUCACCUCAGCGAAGACCUUCCACUCGUAUCGCACGCCAUUCCCGCAACUUGAGUAAUGGCAGCUACCGCAGUAUCGGUCGAGGCUACCGCAUGUCCCUCAUGAGCGGGACUGGUUCCGAGGGACAUGGCCGUUCCAACGGACUUAGUUUGGCGGAUGAGUUGAUCUUCGACGAGGAAGAGGAGGAUUUGGACGGACUGGAACUUGAUUCGGAUGACUUUCCGGAGAACGAGAUGCGGGCGAGAAGAGCACUCGAGUCACGUCAGUCCAUGCGCCAGGAUGAAAAGGCCAAACGGAUUCUGGGUCUCAGCUUGGAGAACCAAGCGACCAACACGGAGCUGCCUUCAUCCAGUCAACCCGAUUCGCCUGGGAUAAACCGCAUGGCGACGGCGACCUCCAUGACCAUCACAGCCCAUGACGCCCACUUGAUCUUCCCCCCGACGAAACCAAUCUAUGUCGAUAGAGGUGUCCAACCAUCCCCUCCGCCUUCUCCAGCACGCCCGGAAUCUAGCCAAUCAUUGAGCUCCUUCGCGCCUGGUAAAUCAACAGAUCGGUUGAGCUUAUCCAUGGAAGUCGAGGCCAACCAGAGCCGAAAACGUAUCUCGGUAGUUCCAAGCUGCCCGGAAAGUGAGCAAUUGCAAGCGACUCCACCGUCGUCAACUGGAGUGUCAGCGGCAAAACCAGAGGAGCGCCCGCUGAGUCCUCCCGCCACGCCAAAAGUUGUCGAGCCCUUGGCUCAGCCUGUUUCACAAAGGACGGAGCCCCCCGACGUCACCUCUGUGUCCACCCAGACCGAGCCUGAACCCCUGCCGGAGAUUCCAUUGCGCAGCCCCCGGCGAGCUCCUCCGCCCGUACCAAUAACUGUUCCCUCCAUCGCAAUCCAUGCGCCAACUUCUGCUCCACCUUCGCCAAAAGACCCCGUCCUCCCACCCGGAACGAAGAGCGUUGCUACUCAAACCUCUGGGGAUCUGAGGCAGGAUGUACGCUCUGUGGGCAUUCAAACCGAUCCCAUCCGGGUCGAUAAGAGGCUCAUCAAGUUGCCACCGCAUCUUCUACCCUCCGCUAUCUCUUCGAGGCCUGGAACGCCAGAGGUUAGACAAGGAGCUAAGCCGGCGGCAAGUACAAGCAACAAGGAACCACAGUUGCCCCGUUCGCAAUUAAAAUCAACGGAGAAGGAAACCACCAUGAUCUCCACCCGCCAGGAUCUCAUGGCACUGCUCGAGGAUGCUGGGGACAAGAAGAUUGAGGAUCGGUAUCCAGGCAACAAUGACAACGGUCCUUUGGCGCGUGGCACCGAAACUGUGCUCAGUCGGCCAUUCCGAACAAGCAGUUUGUUUGCGGGAUUCGAUGGCCCCUCCUCCGACGAGGAAGACAAUACGGCCGACGUGAAUGAAGACGAUUUCCGGUUGCCACAUCACCCAAGUUCGAUGUUGUCGUCGCGCAAUGUCAAGAGUGGUCGCAUAUUCGCGAAUCCGCCAACGCCAGUACCGGAGGACAAGGAAGUCGAUUCCACCUGCCGCCCCUCGGAAGAUUCUUUGGGUUCUGGUAAGUAUUCUUCGGAUCGCGGCUCUUUCGACAGACCUUCCAGAGUGGGCAAGCAUGCGCGUGGCGGCCCGGUUCGUCAACCAAGCAUUCGCCGUUCGGCGAUGAUACAAAAUGGAACCGCUGCACAUGUUAGGUCGCGCAGCCCAAGCUUGACCAGUAGCGCCUCUUCGCAACUGGUUGUGAAGCCGCCAUUCCCCGUCCCCACUCGCUCGAGCUCCAGGAAAACUCCCUUGAGCAAGAGUGAGGGGUCCCAGAGUCCGACCCCGAGAGGCAGUGGGCCGCUUCCCGGGCGACGUCCAUAUGGCAUGCGUCCGCACCAGCGCAAAGACAGUCUACGGAAGGUGAGGUCGGCCGCUGUGAUACAAAGAGGAGGCCGGACCAGGAGCCGUUCACCACCCCUACCUGCCACCCCUGUGAUACCUCCUAGCCCACCGCCGCCUCCUCUCCCUAUGGAUUCUGUAACUGGCCAUCGCUUCGGGCAUCGCCCCCAACUGUCCACUCAGACGUACCACACAGCGAGUAAUUCGGUGGGAAGUGGAAGUUACCAGGCAAGCGUGGUCGACUCCAUUGCUGCGACCAUGGUCGGGGAGUGGAUGUGGAAGUACGUCCGCAAGCGUAAGGCCUUUGGCGGCCCCGAGUCACCCGUAGACGUUCGCUCCGGGGAUGACGGCUCCGCUCUCAAUGGCAAUGGAGUGCGCCAUAAGCGGUGGGUUUGGAUCUCACCAUAUGAACGCUCAGUGCUUUGGAGCAGCAAGCAGCCGACCACAAGUUCGGCCCUGAUAGGCAAGGGCGGUCGCAAGCGUAAGUGAAAUUGUACCACUACUCUAUGCUAGUGACGGCAGUGAAUCUAACCGCCCAUCGCAGUCAGUAUCCAAUCCGUCCUUGAUGUUGC